UUCUUGAGGCCACUUACCAUCUAUCUUGUUUGGAUUUUUUCUUACAUGGUGCACUUUUUAGGGUUCCAGUGAUUGGGGUGGAAGGCAGUGACACAGUGGUGGAGUGUCAGAGGGAGGGAGGAGGCAGCGGCAGAGAGGAAGGAAACGAGGAUAACGUCACGAAGACCCGGAGUAAAACGGACCGAGCAGCGUCUAAUGGACGAUCCUUGAAGCGGGCCGGGGGACGCUCCGUGGACAAUUCUGCCCGUUUACGCCGUUUUGGAUCAUUAUGGUUUGGUGUGCUCUGCGGCCAUGAGAAGAGGCGACGCGUGUGCGUGAGGAAACGUUUGCGCGGAGCGGCAGAUCUCAUCUUUCUCUUCUUUUCUGUUCCCUUUUUUUUUCUUCCCCCGGAGCUGCUGUUAAGCGGAGAAAUGGAAAUGUGUGCAGCCCUCCCCCGUUUGCCUGUUUGCUGAAGGGCUCGGAAACAGCCUCAUCGUGACACACGCAACUUUCUCAGAGGAUCUCCUCCGAACUUCGUCUUUAAUGCGUAUGAGAGACAGAUAUUUGAAUCCUCCUCGACGAUUUGGGGACGCUGCUCUCAGUGCUGUGUAAAAAAAAACUACCCAGAGAAUUAACAGGUGAUCAGCUCGGACAAUUUUAAAAAUGAGUGAGUUGGAGCAGCUUCGCCAGGAAGCCGAGCAGCUUAAGAACCAGAUCAAAGAUGCCAGGAAAGCGUGUGGAGAUUCAACCCUCACACAGAUGGCUGCUGGUCUGGAUCCUGUUGGACGGAUUCAGAUGCGAACUAGACGCACCCUCCGUGGCCAUCUUGCCAAGAUCUAUGCCAUGCACUGGGGCACAGACUCAAGUUCUCAUCACUGCAGGCUUCUGGUUAGUGCCUCUCAGGAUGGAAAACUGAUUGUCUGGGACAGCUACACCACUAACAAGAUCCACGCCAUCCCCCUACGCUCCUCCUGGGUAAUGACCUGUGCUUACGCCCCCUCUGGGAACUACGUGGCCUGUGGGGGCCUGGACAACAUCUGCUCCAUCUACUGCUUAAAGACACGCGAGGGCAACGCCAGGGUCAGCAGGGAGCUGCUCGGCCACACAGGUUACCUGUCCUGUUGCCGUUUCGUCGACGACAAUCAAAUCAUCACAAGUUCAGGAGACACCACCUGUGCGCUGUGGGACAUCGAGACGAGUCAGCAGACCACGGUGUUCUCGGGCCACACCGGCGACGUCAUGAGCCUCUCGCUGUCGCCAGACCUGCGCAUCUUUGUGUCGGGGGCCUGCGACGCCUCGGUCAAGCUGUGGGACAUCAGGGACAGCAUGUGCCGGCAGACCUUCACGGGCCACGAGUCGGACAUCAACGCCACCUGCUUCUUCCCCAACGGGAGCGCCUUCGCCACGGGGUCGGACGACGCCACCUGCAGACUGUUCGACCUGCGGGCCGACCAGGAGCUCAGCGUCUACUGCCACGACAACAUCAUCUGCGGCAUCACCUCCGUGGCGUUCUCCCGCUCCGGCCGCCUGCUGCUGGCCGGCUACGACGACUUCAACUGCAACAUCUGGGACGCCAUGAAGGGAGACAGAGCGGGAGUCCUGGCAGGCCAUGACAAUCGCGUGAGCUGUCUGGGCGUGACUGAUGAUGGCAUUGCGGCAUGCACCGGGUCCUGGGAUAGCUUCCUUAAGAUCUGGAACUGAGCCGUGCACAAAUAACGGCAAGCGCGCGCACGUCCAGCGGCCACACACUGCUCCCACCUCGGGACCCAGUUUGCACCCCGUGCUCACACUGUAUGUAAGGUUCUACCGCAACAUUCGUACUGCUCAAGACUUAGGAGUCUACACACACAUCCCCGCCCACACUACGUGGAAGACAAGAUGACACGAAACCUGAACACAAGCCCACGCCACCCACUGCUGUUUUAAGUACACACACACACACACACACAUUGUAAUCUGUAAAAUAUCCAAUGCGACCAAAUACAGUUGAAUCUGCAGCCGUUCCAAUAAAAAACACAAGUACCACUGAUACCUGAAGCCUUUUAACACAUCUCACACACUCAUCCACACACAUUUCUCCUGAGAGACGCUGCUCCUCUGGUUAACCAGGGGGGAGGACAUUAAUGGACAAUUCUGUCUUUGUUUACAAUGAAGUUCAAAAAUGCACUUCAAAUUUUUCUGUACCAUUUUUGUCUCAGUACAUGUAUCUUAAGAACGCUAAUGUGAAGGAGGAAUAAGAGCAUUAACACUUAAAAAAAAACACAAAAAAAAAUUAAGAAUCUGAUCCACUGACAUGUUGCAUAUCAUGUAGACAUUUUUUUUUCAAUAGAUGCUUACCCCCACCUAAUAUUUAGCACAUCUGCUCAAGGGGAUUGUUUUAUUUAGCUUAUUGUCAUUUUGUUUUACUUACUUUCUCCAUGCUCUCCUUGUGUGCCUCAGAUACACUGAUUAUUAGAAACUAUCGAUGCAGUUAAAUCAACUAAAAGUGAUGUGGAAUGAAAGAGGAAAAAUUACAGCAUACUAAGACGCAUCUUUACAGGCAGGAGCCAGUGUUCAUGCUUUGACUUUGUCACUGUAUUAUCUGGACAUUAUUAUGGUAUAAUUGUACAUAAUAUUAAUAAAUAACUGCCUCUC